AUGACUUCUGCCACCAAUGGAACGACCAACGGCCAGCCCGACGCGCACCACCACGCCAACGGCAAUGUCGACCCCCACGACCUAUGGCCCGCUCCUGGAGGCCCUAUCCCAGGCGCAGACGGCCCGUCUCCACUUGGCACUGCGGGGUUCCGCAUGAACCACACGAUGCUCCGCAUCACGGACCCCGAGGUGUCGAUCCCCUUUUAUCGCGAUGUGCUGGGCUUCCGUCGCGUCAUGACACUCAACAAUGGUCCCUGCACCGUCUACUACAUGGCCUACUACUACCCCGACGAGAAGACCGGCGCCGACAUUUUCAAGCAUAUGCAGCAGCGCGACGGUCUGCUCGAGCUCGUUCACGUCCACGGCAGCAAGGGGCGCAAGGUCGAGAAUGGCAACCCGCCCGAGAGCUUUGGGUUCGGCCACUUGGGCAUAUCGUGUCCCGACACUGUCGCCGCAGAGGAACGGUUCAAGGCCCAUGGCGUCGAGAUUUUCAAGCCGCUCGGCAUCGAGUUCUCGACCAAGCGCGGCAUGGGCGUCGCGGACGACGAUAAUGACGACGAACUCACGGAGGGCUUUAGGAAAGUCUUCAGUCGAAUGAUCAUGAUCCGGGACCCCGAUGGCUACUUCAUCGAGGUUGUUCCCUACGGUGCCGGAUAG